AUUUUUAAAAAGACCUUCGAGCAAUAUGCUUCUUCUUUUACACAAACAAAAUCAAAAUACAUGUGGUUUGAUUAGGUUCGUCUUCAGAGAUCGCAUCUGCUGAAACCAUGCGACUUCGUGCGUGCCCUAUUAGGGUGUGGUUGGGAUUUCAACCACUUUAUAUGUAUAAAGGAAAAGCCGAUUCGUAAUCCUGCUAAUUGUUCCCCCGAGAUCGAUUCUGUCUCGAUCGAGACCGAGGGCAACGGCGGCUGCCUAUAUUAUUUGCUUCCAUCGCCCGCCGCCGCCGCCGCGCUUCUCCGUAGCAAUCUUCCGAGACCACAAGGGCCGGAACCGCAUAACGGGCAGGGGCGCAGGGCUCCUUCUCAUCUUCGUCGAUCCAUUAAUUUCCCGUGGUAAGCUGUUCUGAGUCAUCAGCUGAAUCGGGAUCGAGCAAUGGAGAAACUGAUGAAGAAAGUACAUGCUUCCAUCUGUUGUGGCCCUACAAUAAAAGAGUCUCAAGUUUUUGUAAGCAUGUUUAAGCAGUUGUCAAUCGACGGAAGUACAUAUCAUAUGCCAAAGACUAGGUGUUGCGCAACUCCUCAACGCUGGCUACUCACACUAGAUAUGAUUUCAUUCCGCGCUGACCUAUGGAAUCCUGCAAAUCUGGAGAAGGUUGAACUGCCAUCCUUGGAAAAGAACUUACCCCAAAACUGCAAGUGUUUGCUCUCAUCUGAACCCGCUUCUCCUGGCUGUGUGGUUUUAGUUGUUGAUGCUGAUGAACCUCAAAUCUGGUUUUGCUAUGUUGGAGGGAAGAAAUGGACCUGGCAUGAGUAUAAUAUCACUGUUGAAAAAACACGCUUUCCUUUCAUCAUGUCAUCAAAAAAGCAACGUGAAGAAGAGUGUGCACAUCAUAGUUCUCAUAGAGAAGCUUCAUCUGAAUUUAUAUUCAAAGGCAACUGCAAUGGGGAAAGAACAAGAAUAUCGAAUGAUGGACAUGUCACGGUGAUUCUUGGCCAUUCUGAAAGGUUCCAAAUAAGAAGUAUAGCUGCAGUCGAGGGGAAGUUCUAUUUUGAGAUGUCGUCAUCAGAACUUGGUGUUCUCGAGUUCAUUCCAAAUCCAACAUUUUCCACGCUAAAGUUUGAGAGAUUGCCUGUCCCACAUUACCGUUGGGAAUUUGCAUUCCCUCAUCUGGUUGAGUCCCGUGGAAGGCUCUUCCUAGUUGUUCAGAUUCAAGAUUCUCUCUCCAAUAUUGCUCUGUACAAAAUGGAUUUCUCGAAGCUUGCAUGGUCUUGGGUGGAUGGUCUCUAUGACCAGGUAUUCUUCUUGGGUAGACUACAUUUCACAGCAUCAUACUCUGCUUGGGAGCUUGGGGUGAAGCAAGGGAAUGUAUAUUACCUUUUUGAGGAUGAAGUGUAUGGUGAGGAUGGUGAGGUUGAACUGCUGAAUGUUUUCUUUCCUGGAGAUAAAUAUAUGCCCAGCUCCAAUUACUGUCAUGGGUCCAUAGAUGAUUUGCCGGCUUCCUUGUUGGGCAUACACAAUGUUCUAAUUAAAGCUUGUGGUUUUUCCAUAGGCACUGGUUAGAAGUUUAUGACAGUUUGACGUGGGAAACAUCCUGCCUCUGUAGGUUUGCCGAUCUGAAUUCCAAUUUACUCUCUCUGUCCAAAACAACUAAGUUAGUUUCUAGUUUGUGUUAAGUCAAACCAUCUCAAGUUCGACCAACUUUAUAGAGAAGAAUACAAACAUUUGAUAUAUAUUUCGUGAUGUAUCAACUAUUUUCUGUAAGCUUGGUCAAAACGCUGCUGCAAUAUUGGUCUUACCAAUUGGGUAAGUAAAUUUUGCACGUCGUGAAUGUAAUAUUUACACCGCAACUUCAAAUGCGGAUUCCCAUAUGGCUCUGUUACCACAUAUUUUUUUUCUCUCGAAUGCGCAGGAGAACUGCACAUCAAUAUAUUAAGAAGAAGAAAAAAAGGGGGAAGAGCCCCAAAUACAAAACAGCUACAAGGUUAGAGGGCCUGUAGCACGCCCUGAAAAACACUAAAAACUGCUUUGUUUCCUUAGAAAGACAGACUGUUACCACAUAUUUUCCUUAGAAAUUUCUUAAACUUGGACUGGAAAUAAAAUAUGAUUGUCACUCAUCAGCAAAGGGAUAACUUUGAAUACUGAAGAAUACGAGCUAAUACAUGUUGCUUAUGGAUAAUUUCUUAGCAAGGAAUAGAAGAUUAUCCAGAGAUGUGAAUCAUGCACCUUGGCAUGUUUGACACUAAAGGUACAUGCACUUCUAAAGGUACUACGAGAAAUUUUGGCUUGAAAUAAUUGUUGUUCAUCUAAACUCGGUUUGUCAUUCGGGAUUAUAUAGGACAGGUGGUAGUGGUGGGGGCAGGUGCAGCUGAACCUCUGAUGAAUGCUCAACAUUCUGAAACGGUGGCAUGCAUGAAUGGCCUUGAGCAGCUGGCGUCAAUGGGAAUAUAAUGCAUCAAUGUUGAGUCACCGAAUGCUGUUAGUGGACUGGGCAACGACAGAUAACCUAUCGGUGUAUUGAUUAGAGAUAUUAAAACUGAAAUGAUGUAAAUGCUUGCUGUCUCACACUGCCCUUGGGCUUGUAACUCAGUUGCUCAUACGCAAUCUACAAUGGGUCUGAGUUGUAAAAGUGGUUUUUUGUUGUGGCUGACCAUGUACCAGAGUCUGUAGUUGUGUUGGUGUCCAGUGAGUUACGUGAACAGAGUUGCCUGAGAAUGGGGUGUUGAAUCUAAUGAUCAGAACAUGUACAAGUUCGUUAA